AAAAUGCGUGCAUCUCAUAUUUUAUUGCUUAUUGUUGCUAUCAAAGCAGUUAAGUUUUUAGAUGAACCAGCUGUAUUAUUAGAGGAGGAAGAAAAACCAUACAUGCAAUUCACAAUCUUUGCUUAAUAAUCUCCACUGUUUACAGAAGAGGAAUUAGCUAGAAAUUCAGAACCUGCUAAAGAAUAUCCAUCUGGAUUCAAUUAUGAAGAUGAGAAUUAAUCAUCAUUAAAUAGUGCUGAUUAAUCUUAAGUCUUUUUGGCUGCUUAAUAUGAAAAAGAUUUACCAGCUACUGGUGAUUGUGUUGUUCUUUAUUCUUCAUGCGAUUUCAAAGGCACAUCAGGAAAAGUAUGCAAAGCUGAAGAUGCUAUGAAUUUCUAAAUACCUGUCUUUUCUAUUUAUGUUCCAAUUGGGUAAUAUCAUUUUACUAUAAUUUAGAUAAUAAUUCACCACUUUAGAUUCUACUAAUAAUGAAUAAGUUGCAUUCUUAACUAGUGAAAAAUGUUUAACUGAACCACUUGUUAUGGCUGAUACUUAAAAAGAUGUUUUUAUUGCUAAACCAUCAACCUCAUUAGCUGGAUCUGAUAAUGAAUCAAGUAUUAUUCUCAUUAUUCAAUUAUUCAGGUAAUGAUACAAUUGAACCACAACCAAAAUUGAUAUAAGAAACAUAACAAUAAUUAGAUGCACCAUAAACUUAAGUAGAUUAAUAAGAAUAAGUUUAAUAAACUGAAUAAUUAUAAGAAUAAGUUUAAGAAUAAUAAUAAUAAGAAUAAGUUUAAGAAUAAUAAUAAUAGGUAGAAGUUGAAGCUUAAUAAUAAGAAUAAUAAUAAGAUUAAUAAUCUGAAACUCCAUAAAUAUAAUAAAGUGAAACCUAAGGUUAAGAAUAGGAACAAUAAUAAUCAGUAGAGGAAGUACCUUAAACUGCAGAAGCACUUGUUGGUCAAACUUAAUGAGACGUAUAAAAGCAAAU